CUCCAGCCUCGCGCAAACCACCUCUUUCAGACAUCACAUUUUGCAACUUCCGGCAACAAUAGGAAUGGCUCCAUGCAGAUUUUUCGCUCGAGGAUCGUGUACUUACGGAGCGCGUUGCAAAAACUCGCACGAUGAUGGACAGGAUGGCCAGGCUCCGUCGUUAGGACCGCCUCUCAGAGCAACCACGUCGCACAAGGCAUCAAAUGUGCAAAACGGCACUGUUGCCCAGUCGGGAGAUUCGAAAGAGAUUUGUUGGUUCUUUUCUCAAGGAACUUGUACAUAUGGAGGAACUUGUCGUAAAUCCCACGAUUUGGUUCCAGGCCCGUCUGCGAGCAGCUUAGAUCGAGAGAUCGAAAUCGUCUCAGCGCCACCGACCGGAAAUAUCUCUGCCACCAAGUCUGUUACAGUUCAACGGCUACCGAUUCGAUCUCUAAAAGCUGAUGUUCGGCCAUUUGUACCUACUUCGAGCCGCGCCAAUGAAACUCUUCAAGAUCAAGCGGCAAGUCAACCCCCUUCAUGCGUUUUCUAUGCGAAGGGAUAUUGCAGGAAUGGAAUCGAGUGUAUCUACAGUCAUGAUGGCCAGUCGUUACACUUUCAAGUGCUCGUGAUCUACAGAAGGGCGACGGUGCUGGUACGCGCACUGAGGACAAACAACAAUCAAGCCUGGUUGAAGUCGAUGCGGCUUUUACAGAAAUUCAUGGAGCAGCUGUAACUUUCUCAGCAGGUUCUAGAGUAUCGUCUAUCAAACUAGCUUCGGAUUUCUCGACUAUCCAGAUUUCAGGAAUGCCGGCUGGAGCUGGACAAGACGAGGUCCGCGCCGUAUUAGCAGGCCUAAAUUUUGCGGAGUUGGAAGCAACUAUCACGGUCAAGCAACUUGGAGGGAUUGGUGCUGUGGCGGACGUCAAAGUCGAGAAUCCUACCUUCGCAACAGAUGCCACAAACAGAUUCCAGGCUCGCCAGCAAGAAGAGCAAUUCCGUCGACUCAACAUCAAACCAUUACUUGCAUCAUCAGCCACCGGCACUCUGGGAAAUCGUCUUCAGCUGAGCACAGUCUCUUGUUCCUGGUACCAGGCUUCUUGCGUUGCAUGGCUAACCUACCCCUCUCAUCGAGCUGCGGAGGCUGCCUUGCAUCGACUCAAAUCGAGAAAGAUUCGAGGACGAGUUCCUGAUUGCGCCAUUCAAGGCGGCGCAUUCAGAUCCUUUACGACCACCCUCCAGAUUGGGAAUUUAGCUCCAGGGACAACAGCCAAAUCCAUCUGCGCUCAACUAAAUGGUAACUUGCCUACGAAAACAACAAUCGGCGACGCCUCGUAUGAUGCCUCAAAUGACAUGGCUGCAAGUAUUGUUCGAGAGAAGCUGGAUAAAGUAGGCGCACUUGCAUCUUUCGACUCCAUAGUAGUCGAUGGCAGCAACAAAAUACAAGCCCUGGCAGUGUUUGUUGAUCGAGAGAGGGCAUUGAGAGCCAUUCGUGACCUACACAGCUCCAAGAUGCCAGAGCUGGGAAAUUCCAAACUCUUCCUCAGUCAAGCUGUUUCAGUCAAGUACAAUGUUCUUUCAGCAGUCGUUGACAUCCUGAAAGCUGAAAUUGAUCAGCUACGAAGCGAACUGUGGACUAAAUCCCAUACCACCCUCAGGAUAUAUCCACGAGAUCCGAUGAAGCAGUUUACCGCCAUCAAGUUGUUUGGGGAGGGACACAAAGAUAUUGCCGACGGGAAAGCUGCAUUUGAGUCUCUGCUGGCUGGAUCUGUGGUCAUGGAUCAAGAUUCGGUGCUCUGGUGUUCGUACUUCUCUCGGGAGAGCUGCCUUGCAUACCUGCAAGAUUUCAAUAAGACACAUGGCGUGUACAUCAAUCGCGACAAUCGAAAGCUCCAGUUGACAAUAUAUGGUGGAUCCGAAGCAACCCGGAAUACGGUGCAAGAAGUUCUCAAAGACAAAGUCAAAUCACUUGAGACCGGUACCCACAAACUCAUAUUGACCCCUGAUCUCUUACAAAAGGCAAUGCGAGGUGGGAUGAAGGAGCUGAAAGCUCGAUUCGGGAGCUCCGUCAGACUUGAUGUUUCCCUGCCUAAGACAAUCUCGAUCACAGGAUCUGCUGCCGACUUCCAAGAAGCUCAAGCUCUGCUUGAUGCUACGAGCAAUUUUGGCAAAGAGAGAGAAGAUGACAAGGUCGAAAGCGAUUGUGUUGUGUGCUGGACCGAGGCUGAUGACCCAUUGAAACUGACCUGUGGCCAUGUUUACUGCAAAGAGUGCUUCAAUAUCCAAGCCUCCACGACCGAUGGUUCCCAGGCUGUCGUCUGCGCCGAAGCGACUUGUGGCUCCCUUUUUGAGAUGCAAGAGCUGAAAUCCCUCCUUCCAUACACCACAUUCGAGAACCUUCGGCAUGCAUCGUUCCAAGCCUACGUUCGUGCGCACCCCAAAGACUUCCAAUACUGUCCAACCCCAGACUGUCCCCAGCUCUACCGAUACACUGAGGAUGGAACGGCCAUUCUGUGCACUCAUUGCUUGAUGUCCGUCUGUACAUCCUGCAAGGUCGUGUUUCACGAUGGCAUGAGUUGCGAGGACUACAAGGAUCUCUCUUCGGAAGGCACCAAAGCAUUUGAGAUAUACAUGAAGGAAUCGGACACGAGGCGUUGUCCGAAAUGCACCUUGGCCAUUCAGAAAACUUAUGGCUGUAACCAUAUGGAGUGUGCGGAAUGUAAAGCACAUAUUUGCUGGGCGUGUAUGAAAGUUUUUGAGACUUCGAAGGAGUGCUAUGGCCAUAUGACAGAAGCGCAUGGAAGUUAUGGUAUAUGAUAUGGAUGGAAUUGCUGAAAUGACGGAUAAAAGAUUGUAAUGCGACUUUCAGCUGUAAGUGAACUUCAUCAAGCAUUGCAGCUAGGGCCACUCACUUGGGAAGAUGUUGAGAAUCUGAGAUAGCCUUCUAUCGGCAUUUAUUCUGUCCAAAUCAAUGCCAAAUAUCAACUAUGAUAUGAUGUGUUAGAUCACUUGAGUCUUGAAGGAGUCAAACGAUAUGUUAUCGACAAGUUAAUUCAGGCCUCUUUAUGGAUGAGACGAGACUGACUGCCACGAGCCACAUUAUUCCACGCUUGCUUCCGCAGCUUCGUCCUAAACAAGAUAUCCUAGAUACUCGAUACCGAUGAAGAUAGAACCACUAUCAGUAAUGGUCUUCUAGCUCAGGUUAACGACAUUUUCCUCAGGGCAGGGCCGGCUCCUGCCUCCGCCCGUCCAAGAUGCUCACCAUCUGCAUGAGGCAACUCUACCUGCUCCAUUAAGCUCUCAUCCAGAUCAGACGCGCUAUGGUAACUGCUAUCGACCAAAAAAGUAUAUGUGACGAGAAGGGGAAGAAGAGGCCCUUGGACAAGGUAUACGACAAGAGUAACUAUGCUCCCAGCUAUAAACAGUCCUCGAAGCCAGGUCUAGUACCGCAUGAACAAAGUAUUGCUCCAUUGAGUUAGAAAGUCAAAUUGUUCACGGGUUGCAGAUGAAAAUG